UAGUGAGUAGACAGCGGUGGGAGACGAAGAGCCCGAAGGCCUGGCUGACAGGCGGGUGAACCCUGCACUGGGCCUUGGGCCGGCGGGACAGUUCAGGACCAAGUCAGCGCGCCCCGCGAGUAGGAGCCCGACUGCUGAGAUCCAGAGGUCAGCAAGGGGCGAAGCCCCGGCCUAGGCCCAGUAGAGAUGUCCAGCUGCGGUGCUUGUACCUGCGGCGCGGCCGCCGCUCGGCUCAUCACCACCUCGCUCGCCUCCGCGCAGAGAGGUAUUUCAUGUAGUCGCAUUCACGUACCAGUUUUAGGAAGGUUUGGGACCUUUGAAACUCAGAUUCUGCGCCGAGCUCCUCUAAGAACCUUUUCAGAAACACCAGCAUACUUUGCCUCAAAAGAUGGGACAAAUAAAGAUGGCUCUGGAGAUGGAAAUAAGAAGUCGGUGAGUGAGGGCAGCAGUAAAAAAUCAGGCUCUGGGAAUUCUGGGAAAGGUGGAAACCAGCUGCGCUGUCCUAAAUGUGGUGACUUAUGCACACAUGUAGAGACCUUUGUGUCAUCCACCCGCUUUGUAAAGUGUGAAAAAUGCCAUCAUUUUUUUGUUGUCCUAUCUGAAGCAGACUCAAAGAAAAGCAUAAUUAAAGAACCGGAAUCAGCUGCAGAAGCUGUAAAAUUGGCAUUCCAACAGAAACCUCCUCCUCCCCCUAAGAAGAUAUAUAACUACCUCGAUAAGUAUGUUGUUGGCCAGUCAUUUGCUAAGAAGGUGCUUUCAGUCGCUGUAUAUAAUCAUUAUAAGAGGAUAUAUAAUAAUAUCCCAGCCAAUCUGAGACAGCAGGCAGAGGUUGAGAAGCAGACAUCAUUAACACCUAGAGAGUUAGAAAUAAGAAGACGGGAAGAUGAGUACAGAUUUACAAAAUUGCUUCAGAUUGCUGGAAUUAGCCCACAUGGUAAUGCUUUAGGAGCAUCAAUGCAGCAACAGGUAAAUCAACAAAUACCUCAGGAAAAACGAGGAGGUGAAGUAUUGGAUUCUUCUCAUGAUGAUAUAAAACUUGAAAAAAGUAAUAUUUUGCUGCUUGGACCAACUGGGUCAGGUAAAACCCUGCUGGCACAAACUUUAGCUAAAUGCCUUGAUGUCCCUUUUGCUAUCUGUGACUGUACAACUUUGACUCAGGCUGGAUAUGUAGGUGAAGAUAUUGAAUCUGUGAUUGCCAAACUGCUCCAAGAUGCCAAUUAUAAUGUAGAAAAAGCACAACAAGGAAUUGUCUUUCUGGAUGAAGUAGAUAAGAUUGGCAGUGUGCCAGGCAUUCAUCAAUUACGGGAUGUAGGUGGAGAAGGCGUUCAGCAAGGCUUAUUAAAACUACUAGAAGGCACAAUAGUCAAUGUUCCAGAGAAGAAUUCCCGAAAGCUACGAGGAGAAACAGUACAAGUUGAUACAACAAAUAUCCUGUUUGUUGCAUCCGGUGCUUUUAAUGGUUUAGACAGAAUCAUCAGCAGAAGAAAAAAUGAGAAGUAUCUUGGAUUUGGAACACCAUCUAAUCUGGGAAAAGGCAGAAGGGCUGCAGCUGCUGCAGAUCUUGCUAAUCGAAGUGGAGAAUCAAAUACUCACCAAGACAUUGAAGAAAAAGAUCGGUUAUUACGUCAUGUAGAAGCCAGAGAUCUCAUUGAAUUUGGCAUGAUUCCUGAGUUUGUGGGACGAUUACCUGUGGUGGUUCCUUUGCAUAGCCUAGAUGAGAAAACGCUUGUACAAAUACUAACUGAGCCACGUAAUGCUGUUAUUCCUCAAUACCAAGCCUUAUUCAGCAUGGAUAAGUGUGAACUGAAUGUUACUGAGGAUGCUUUGAAAGCCAUAGCUAGAUUGGCACUAGAACGAAAAACAGGUGCACGAGGCCUUCGGUCCAUAAUGGAAAAAUUGUUACUAGAACCAAUGUUUGAAGUCCCUAAUUCUGAUAUUGUAUGCGUGGAGGUUGACAAAGAAGUAGUAGAAGGAAAAAAGGAACCAGGAUACAUUCGGGCCCCAACAAAAGAAUCCUCUGAAGAGGAGUAUGACUCUGGAGUUGAGGAAGAAGGAUGGCCUCGCCAAGCAGAUGCUGCAAACAGCUAAACUGUCAGACUUCUGUCCUGUAUAUAAAGCUUUUCCUUCUUAUGUUUAGGAUCAUAACUGUUUCUACAGUCUGACAUUAAAGGCAUUGAAUCUAUCUUGGAUAUCAUACAUGAUCAGAAGCCUUUAGGAUAAGAAUCAGAUCAUGUAUAUUAUUGUAACAUCACAUUGAUUUAUACAGCGGACAUUAUGUGGACUUUAAUGGCACAAUGUUUAGAGAUAAAAUGUAUAUUAUUUUGGUUCAGUUUUUAAAAAAUAUGCUUUAACAAAAUUCUUAGGUGUUCUUUUAAGCAAUGCAGGUAUUGCAAUAACUGUGGAUUUUACAAUAAUGUUACUCUACAAAUGGGAAAAUAAAUUCUUUAAAAUUGAAUAUUGGGGUACCAUUCUUUAGUGUUACCUUUUUCUACCAACAUUCAUUUCCUGAAAAUAUUGGAAUUUUAUUCAUCUUACAAAUUGGACCAGGUAGUUUCAAGAAGUUUAAAAUUUCAUGAAAAAAAUAGCCUGAAGACCAUAAAUUGAUUAUUUGUUUAGCUACAUUCUUAGUCUUAUCUGCUAUUGUGUGAUGCUAACUUCCCAUUUGGUACUUACAAAAAAAAAAAAAAAGACAUUCUCUUACCGACUUGUCUCAUUUAUUUGCCAUCUUUGAGCCAUUUUUAAUACUAAGGGUGAGUUGAUGGAAUUAAGUCUGAUAUAAAUCUUCAGAAAAAGACCAUACAUCUCAUUCUUUUAACUAGCAUGCAGUGUCAUAGUAACAGCCAUGUGCAGAAUUAAGUAAAAUACCCUGAUAAUGUGUACUUUCCCAAAGUACUAAGCUAGUUUCUUGUUUUGUUUUGAUGCUAGACAUCUAAUUAUUUGGCUUCAUAGAACAUUAAAGAAAAUGUGUUUUGCCAUUAGCCAAAGUGAAUGUGUUCACACUAAUAUAAGUUAUUAACCUUCAUUAUAUAGCAAAACUAAAAGAGGAAAUUUUUUGGACUUAACAAAUGAAAAUUAUAUUAUUUAAUUCCAUUAUUAUUAAACUGGAUACCCUUUAAGGUUUUUUUUUUUUCUUUCCUUCUGUAAUGACACAGUUUCUAUAUUAUUGUUCAAUUCAGUCUCAUUUGAAAUUGUUUAAGUCAGAGUACCUUUAAGUAUUUGUGUUCAUUUUUUGGUUUUUAGUCUUUAGUUUUCCUUUUACUCACUUUUUCUUAGGCUAUUAACAGAUUAGAAAUCCUGUUGAAGGCUUGGGCUAUGAUAUAAUAAAAAGGAUGUGAGGUACCUAUUUAUGGCUGGGGUAGGACCAGAAAUGCACUUUUGCAGAGUAUAGCCUGAUUGCUAUAGUGUGAAAUAGAAAAAGUUAUCCUUACUCUCCCUAAUAAUGGUUCACAUUCUCUUUAGGAAUCUUUCGUAUUUUAACUUUGUUCAUUAUUUUCUCUUAUAGCAUCAUUUUCCUUUUUGUAGAGUGAAAAUUGGGAGUAGUUAUAUUAAGAUCCUCCAGAAAUGGACUGGGAGACAUUAUGGUCAACAAUUUACCUUUGGUUUCACAAGUUGUUAACAAAGCAUAGUUGAUAUUUUUAAAUCAAACACAAAUGAAUACAACUACAGUUUGUAUCUGGGAACUUAUGUUUUGGCAUUUGAAUAAAACAAAAGGACUAAAUGAAA